GAUAAAAUGUCACACAGAAGCAUAGCCCACGUCUUCUCGGGCAAUCCUUACAUUUCAUUUCGGAAAAUGGCACAAAUGACUGGACUGGAUGUUCUUCAUGCUUUGUGGGAGAGCGACCAUGAAGACGCGAACUCAUCAGGUCCGGACACUGAAGCUGACACUGAUGAAGAACGGUGUCAUUUCGAACUGCGAACUGAUCCAGCUGAGGAUCAACUUCAUGAAGAUGCUGAUCAGGUAACACAGCCUAGUUUACCACCUGCUAAGAGGCGACGCAAGAGUGGCAAGAGGACACCAGUCAACAAGCAGCAAGCAGCUCAGCCAGCUCGGUCAUGGAAAACUGAGAAAUCUGCUGAUGUGGCCCCACCGGUGAUGCGUUUCCGUCCUGCGCGGCAACCUGGAGUGCAGCUGAGCUCGACAGAAGCCCACACUCCUCUGGAUUUGUUCAAACUAUUUUUCUCUACAGAUGCUGUCAGGACACUGUGCAAGAACACUAACGAGCAUGCUGCCAGGGCAAUAGCAAAAGGGAGGAAGUAUAAAUGGACUGACAUUGGGAUAGAGGAAUUCUACAGGUACAUUGGACUGAUUUUUUACAUGGCCAUGGUAAAGCUGGACCAAAUCAGAGAUUACUGGCGGCAAAGUAGCAUUUUCUCUGUCCCAUUCCCAGCAACCGUAAUGACAAGGGACAGAUACAGAACUAUUUGCUGGAAUGUACACAUGAGUGAUGCAGACAAGGACCAAGAAAAUGACAGGAAGCGGGGCACGCCGCAGCAUGACAAACUCUUCCGGGUCAGACCUCUCAUGGACACAAUUCAGCAUGCCUGCAAAGCCUUCUAUCAUCCUCGCAGGAACCUUGCAGUGGAUGAAAGAAUGGUAGCAACCAAAGCAAAGACUGGUAUGACACAGUACAUGAAAGAAAAGCAGACAAAGUGGGGACCCCCCCUCUAA